CAAACAUGCCACAAGACACGCUGCAUGUACCCGGCAGGCGGAUGCAGGUGACUUUAAUGAGUUGACUGCGAAAGAGGAUCUAAUGCAUAUUCGGAUAGAGGCAGAGCUCACACAAAGAGCAGCGGGAGAGAGCGCUUCGUUUUGAACUAUGGCGGCAACGCACCACAUUCGUUUGACAUACAUUAUGUUACCAUGACGCGUUACGCGGACGUCGGAAAAUAAGGAAUUUUGGACAUGACGAUAAAGAUCACCCUACCUCAAAACUUGGAAGAGGAUAUUGAAUUCAGUUAUACUACAUAUGCGCUCUAAAUUGAAAGACUUUGAAGUGCUGAUUUUUUUUAAAGAUUUGAUUGUCUUUAAAAACCCAGCGGAGGUAUUUUUGCAGGUUUUCUGGAGCGCAUCAUCAGAAGCCGUUCAAAUGCUGGAAUGGAUUGCUGCUGUUUGUAUUAUGGUUUUAAUGGCCAUACUCUGGCCGAUAGUCAAGUGUUUUGGAGAAGGGAGUCAGUCCACGUUGCUGCUCCAGGGGCUUGAAAUUCCACGGCGCGAGAGCAAAAGAUCAACGGAAAGAUGCGACUCCAACUGUGCCACGGGAACGCAGCAGAAACCAGGCGGGCGAGAUGAAGCGCCCACGGUCGCCUUAAUAUGCAAACCCUCUGCCCUGGCGAACUACCUUCUGAAACAUUGCAUGACUUUUUGCAAGCAGUUACGGAUACAGAAAUUUAACUGGCGAGUGAGUUCAUCUUUGCAGACUAUUUUCGGUGCUGUGUGGCCGUAUGACUGCCCGGUGCAUUUUAUUCGAGAUCACUUGCAACUGAGCGACGAUGGGCUGGUGGCGUUAGACUGGGCUGUUGUUGGUGCACAUCACAAGAGACGGAGGACUUCAAGUAAUUCCACAAGUCCAAUUCUGCUCGUUAUACCCAACUCUAUUGGUAAAAUCACCAGGAAUGUGCUCAAGCAAGGGAAUGUUGUUUUCACUGGACAAACUGGGAGAGAGGUUGUCUCAAAUUGGCGCAACAGAAAACAGCAUUGGGCUGCACAACGGCUGGUGUGUUUGCUGACAGUUCAGGGAAUUGACGUAGAGAUGGGAUAUGUAAAUAUUGUGCUCUGUGAGGCUGGUCUGAGUCACGGGUACCUCCCUGUGAUCUUCAACCGUCGGAGCCAGAAUGGGACGCCACUUUCUACCGUUAAACUUCAGCAAUUUGGUGAUCCAACUGACCUGCGGGAAGCGGUGCGAUACAUUAGGUACCGGCAGCCAGCAGGUCAGAUCUAUGCUGUCAGUGAGAGCACCGGUUCAGGACUCCUGCUCUCUUACCUGGGAGAGUGUGGUUCCUCCAGUUACGUGACUGCUGCCGCCUGUCUGUCUCCCAUUUUCCGUUGCCAAAGCUGGUUUGAGAAUGGCCCGACUUGGCCUUUCCACUGGGCUCUUCUCCUUUACCAAAAAAUCUGCUUAAGCAGGUACAGAACUGUGCUUGGGGAGCAUGUUCAGGCAGACAGCUUGUUCUCCAGCUGUUCCUUGAGGGAAAUGGAAGAAGCCCUAUUCUGUCAGUCAGGGUCGAAGGAGACAUUAGUGGAGGGUGCAGGUGGCUGGGAUGCGUACUGGGAGAGUAAUGACCCUCUAAGGGACAUAGAUGAAGUGGCCAUCCCUGUACUAUGUGUUUGCAGUCAAGACGACCCGAUCCGAGGGGAGCCCCGGGCGACGCUACCUUUGGAGCUGUUUGAGAGUAACCCCCAUUUCUUCCUGCUCCUGACUGGGCACGGAGGCCACUGCGGCUUCUCCACGCCAGACGAAGGCAGUAACGUCUGGAGCCACCAGGCUUUGCUGGAGUUCUUUCGUGCCACAAACGAUUUCUUCACUGCAGAGGAGCGUGGGAAUCUGGCAGCCAGGCGUAGGGGUCUCGGCGGGGCUGGCAAGACGUUUCGGCAUCGCAGCAUCAGCACGUGCAAAAGAGUGCCUGUUUGCUCGCAUAACAUUCAGGCCCUUUAUAACUGGCAGAGGUCCUACACCAGAUGAUGAUCUGCGGAGAGGCUCCCCACAUUUGUUUGAGGAUACGGAGAGGGAUUCAAACACACUGCCAGGCAUUGCAUUCUGACGCAGUCUGACCUGCUGCUCCAAUUUCAGCGGUGCAAAGAGAAAUAUUGAAUGUUCUUUCAAGAUGUAUGAAAUCACGUUGCAGAUCUCUGCUCCAUUGAACGGCAUUUGCUUUGGAAAUGUGCCUGCCUGUUUCAAAGGGAUUGGUCUAAAUGUUUGUUCUGUACCUCAUAAAGGUUUCAUUGCUUCAUUUCAAAACUUAGAGAAGCAUUAUGAAGCGCAUAUUGGUUUCAGUCUACAUUGUGACCUCUCCUGCAGAUGUACUUUAAUAGUUCAGCAGAGCUGCUGAAAUGUUUUAGUACGUCAUGUGCAUACAAUAAGGAAAUGGGACAUUCUGUCAUUUUCUCUGUUCAAUAUUCUUCUUCUUUGAGACUGCUAGUUUAUUUAAAAUAGUCUCUGUUGUAGGUCAAAGAGAGAGUCUGGUCUGGUGAAUGGGAGGAAAUGGUCAAUACUGCUGGGAUUUUCUUAUGCUGUCAUUCUGAGGUUUAGGGAAACUGGUCUAUACUGACAUGGGUGAAGCUAGUUUAUCAGUUUUUCAGAUUUGCUUAAUUUAUACACUGUCUUUUUUCUAUUACUGUUUUCUACCCUUUUUCUCUAACUCAAAGGUUGUAAUGUCUUUCUGGUAUAAAACGCUAUGUUUGAAUGUUAAAUUAUCUGUAAACACAGGAGCUUUAAUUAAAUGGUUUCGAAUCGAAAAACA